AUGAAGGUGAUCCAGCAUAAACCUGUGUUGGCUCUCUGCAGAGACUUUCUCCUGGCGGCCGAGGAAGCCAUGAUUUCGGAUCUGGACGAGAACAACCCCGGCACAGAGUGGGAGCGGGUGGCUCGGCUCUGUGACUUCAACCCCAAGUCCAGCAAGCAGGCCAAAGACGUGUCCCGCAUGCGCUCCGUCCUCAUCUCCCUAAAGCAGUCCCCGCUGGUCCGUUAGAGACCAGAGAGAUCCGGGGAAGUCCAUUCCUUGUCAUGUUUUUCUUUUCUUUUUGUUUUUUUGUUUUUAUUUUUUUCCACCUCACACACCAACGAACCAACUACUGAAUCCACAACGUUUAUCU